AUGCUUUAUCACUGUUCUAUUUGCGACAUCAGCCUGUGUAUUAUCUGUACCAAAUCACCACCACCACUUAUCAUCGAGAAUGCGAAGACCCAUAAGCAUCCACUUACUUUCGUUACAAGACUAGUCUCGUGCACUUGUAACGUUUGUGGAGUACCUGACGCUAUACUCCCUUAUAUGUGUCUUCAGUGUGGUUUUGCGGUGCAUCCACGUUGUAUCGACUUUCCCCAAGUCAUAAACAUUAAUCGUCAUGAUCAUCGUAUUUCUUUUACUCAUCAUAUUGGUCAUGGGUAUUUGAAAUGUGGAGUCUGCCGCAAACCUCUAUGCCAGUACAAUGGAGCCUAUUCCUGCUUAGUUUGCCCUAACUAUGCAGUUCAUUCGAGGUGCGCAACGAGAUAUGGCGUAUGGGAUGGUGCGGAACUAAAAGGGAAACCUGAGAUAGUCGAAGAUAUUGCGCCAUUUGAGGUGGUAGGUGAUGACUUGAUACGUCAUUUUAGUCAUGACAAACAUACUUUAAGGCUCCACACGAAGCAUAUCAUUCAUGAUGAUAGUACACGAUGCGAGGCAUGUAGCCAUCCGGUAGGAUUUGACCCAAUCUAUAGUUGUGAGGAAUGUUGUUUCAUCCUGCAUGAAAGGUGUGCAAAUCUUCCUGUUAAGAAAAGGCUUGUCUAUCAUAGCUUACCAUUCCUAUUACAAGGACCAGGUAAUGGUGUUCACAAGGUUCUAGAUUGCAGGUUAUGUGGAAAGUAUUUUACUGGUUUCGAGUACAAGUCACAAGAAAAGACGCCGCAACAUAUUGAUCUACAUUGUAGUUUCUUUUCUGAGCCGUUUGUCCAUGGUGGCCAUUCACAUCCCUUAUAUUUUGUUUUUCAAUAUGGGGAGAGUCACCGUUGUGAUUCAUGCGAUAGGAAGAUAUUUGGUCAUAUGCUCAGUUGUGAUGUUUGUGGAUGUACGUUGUGUUUACGGUGCGCUAGUCUGCCGGUAAAGAUAAAGCAUAGGAACGAUGAGCACCCUCUCACUCUAUGUUGUGGGGAAAAGGCAAAUGGAAAAUAUUGGUGCGACAUCUGUGAGGGAGAAUUGGAUCCAAGUAAAUGGUUUUAUACAUGCUUUGAUUGUGGGGGCACUGCUCAUGCUGAGUGUGUACUAGGAGAUUUCUCACGUCUCAUACCAGGAAGCAUCAUUGACUUCUACGGACAUAAGCUGGAGGUGGUUCUUAACAAUCACAACACUCGACCAUUAUGCAGCAUGUGUCGCUCUCGAUGCAAGGUCUCCGUGAUCCUUCAACUUUGUACUAGUAGCUCUGUGUACUACUUUUGUUCCCGUUCUUGUUUGAUAGGGCAUUUCCGUUCUUAUUUGUUGAAGGUUUAA